AUGGACAGAGCACGGAGGAGAAGGGGAGUCGGGCAGGAGGGAGGAGCCGGGGAGGAGGCUCGGCCACACUCGUACAGUGUGACGGAGGAGAAGGAGCGACAGGAUUGGUUGAGUGAGGAGAUUCUGUGCAGUCAGCUGGAUAAGUUGAUGACCAAUGAGAAUGGAGGAGCAGAGGGGAUGCCUUCACUCUCAUCCUAUACAAUUGAGCUGUUGGACACAGUGGCUCUGAACCUCCACAGGAUAGAUAAAGAUGUUCAACGCUGUGACCGUAACUACGGCUACUUUACGACCGCUAACCUGGAGAAACUACGCAACAUCAUGUGCAGCUAUGUGUGGGAGAAUCUGGAGAUGGGUUAUGUCCAGGGGAUGUGUGACCUGCUGGCUCCUCUCAUGGUCAUCCUGGACGAUGAGUGUCUAGCAUACAGCUGUUUCACCCAGCUGAUGAAGAGGAUGAGCCAGAACUUCCCCAACGGCGGAGCCAUGGACACACACUUCACCAACAUGAGGUCCCUCAUACAGAUCCUGGACUCUGAGCUGUUUGAGCUGAUGCAUCAGAAUGGAGACUCCACCCACCUCUGUUUCUGCUACCGCUGGUUCCUGUUAGACUUCAAAAGAGAGCUGCUGUACCAGGAUGUGUUCUCAGUAUGGGAGGUGAUCUGGGUGGCCCCUCACAUCUCCUCUCAGCACUUCAUCCUGUUCCUGGCCCUGGCUCUGGUAGAGGUCUACAGAGAGAUCAUCAGAGACAAUACCAUGGACUUCACUGACAUCAUCACCUUCUUCAACGAGAUGGCAGAACGUCAUGACGUGCAGCACAUCCUUCAGAUCGCCAGAGAGCUGGUGCGCAAGGUCCAGUCUCUCAUCGAGAACAAGUGAUGAAGAGGAGGAUGAACAGGGCAGGAGGAAGAGGAGGGUGAACAGGGCCAGAAGAGGAGAGGUAGAGAGGAGCCAGAUACCAUCACUCCUCCACCUGCCCAUCCAUCCUCUGCAUCCAGCACAGCUCCCUCCCUCUCUUACCCCUCUUUAUACCUCACAAACCUGUGGAAGAGACAGAGACGUGGGCCCUCUAUCCCUCCAGCCAGACCAGUGAAUGGUGAAGGCUCCAGGUUGACCAUCCUGGCCUGGAUGAAGGCUCCAGGUUGACCAUCCUAGCCUGGAGAAAGGAGAGAACGGGGAAAGGAGAGGGAUGUUGGCUGGGUCCUGGUUCCGGUUCUGAUCUGGUCCUGGUCUAGGUCUGGUUCUGGUCCUGGUCUGGUCUGGGUCUGGUCUAGGUCUGGUCCUGGACUGGGUCUGGUCCUGGUUCCAGUGCUAAGUCUGGGUCUAGGUCUGGACCUGGUAUAUAGAUGUUGUUUACAAGCACCCGGUCACAGAAUGCCAUGGUUAGUUGGUUGCUGUCAGAUGUUUGGAGUUGUCUUUAUGCUCGUUAGUUGGAUCACACUGUGACUGCCCGCAUUUUAUUAUUCUCUACUAUUCACCAGGGGUGGCAGGUAGCCUAGUGGUUAGAGGCAGGUAGCCUAGUGGUUAGAGGCAGGUAGCCUAGUGGUUAGAGGGGCGGCAGGUAGCCUAGUGGU